AUGGAAGGAGAAUAUUAUAAUGGCCCUCUCAGGCUUGGUGGAGUUUCUGAAGUGGCCACGACGUCUGAUCAACUUGGUCAUGGUGUUGACUGGGACGAAAGAUACGCUAUAACUAUACAAGAUGAAGAGUAUAUGAAAUCUAUGCAACAGCCAAGAAAAAAGAGGAGCUCAACUUCAAAUCUUUUCAAUGAAGAUGAGAUUGCCACUGACUAUCCUCUCCCAUCUUAUUACAACUAUUCCCAACAAGAAACAGAUGAAUGUGCACUGUAUAAUGCUGGCUAUUUGGUCCAGCUGCCUCGCAGGAUUCUUCACAAUUGGGCUCUGUACAACUACGAUUUAAGGUUUAUAUCCCUGGAGUUUCUUCCUAUGAUGAGGCCUUGCCUUGGUACUGAUGUAACCAUCUAUGGAUCUGGUUUGCUGGCCGAGGAUGAUGGAAGUAGCUGGAUUAGUCUUGAUGGUUCUGACAUCUCUACGCAGUCAGAGGAUUGUAAAGGGAUGCCCAUAUACCUCAGUCAAAUAAAGGAAUGGAUGAUUGAGUAUGAUUCAUCAAUGGUAUCGAUUUCAAUACGUACAGAUGCGGGCUGGUAUCGGCUUGGGAAACCAUCAACAGAAUACUCCCCUUGGCAUGAACCUGUACUGAAAACAGCAAGGGUUGCGAUAAGCAUUAUUUCCAUGCUGGUGAAGCAAGCUAGAAUGUCUAGGCUUUCAUUUCGAGAUGUCAUCAGAAGAGUGUCUGAGUUCCAAAAAAACUAUAAUAAAGCUUACAUUUCUUCUGAUCCCUCAACUGUGGAGAGAUAUUUGGUCGUCCAUGGGCAAUUUAUUUUGCAGAUUUUUGCAAACUACCCUAAAGACGAUCUCACAAAGUGUGCAUUUGUGACUGAUCUUGCAAGUAAAAUGCAGGAAAGGCACCACACAAAAUGGGCUAGGAAGAAGAGGAAAAUAUUGCCAGAGAAACAGAAUCUGGAAGUUAUGGAAUAUGUGGCAUCAUCCAAGAGGAAUGCUAUGCAAGCAACAAAAACUCACCUGAUUGAUAGAAUUUGGGGACAGUAUUACUCAGAAUUUGGGGCCACUGGAGAAGAAAAUGGCAAGGAAAAUGAUGACGUGGAGGAACCUCAUGAGGCUCAUACUCUUCCAGAGAACAUGGAAACAAGAUGGGAAGGUGGGAUUCUAGGUAAAACAUCUGCUGGUGAGCCUCUUUAUCAACAAGCCCUCGUUGGAGGAGAGCUAGUAGCUGUGGGUGGUGCUGUCCUCUUGGAAGUUGAUAAUACUUCGGUCAUCUACUUUGUGGAGUACAUGUUCGAAAGCUCAGAUCACCUCAAAAUGCUACAUGGAAGGCACCUGCAAAGAGGAUCCGAGACUGUUCUAGGAAACGCCGCUAACGAGAGGGAACUGUUCCUGACCAAUUCAUGCAUGACUGUUCAGCUUAAGGACAUAAAAGGAACAGUCAUUGUCGAGAUUCGAUCAAGGCCAUGGGGACAUCAGUAUAGGAAAGAGAACAACGCUGCGGAUGAGCUUGACCGAGCGAGAGCAGAAGAGAGGAAAGCACAACACUUGCAGAAAGAAUAUUUCUGCAAAUGCUUCUAUUCACCUGCGAGAGGGGGUUUCUUUAGCCUUCAACUCAACGACAUAGGUCGUGGUUCAGGAUCCUGCGGUUCCUGUGAGGUUAGGGAGGAGGAGUUUGAACUUUCAAAACUCAAACUAAGUGCAUCAAAGAAACGGUUUGUCUACAAUGGGAUUGAUUACUGCAUUAAAGAUUAUGUAUACGUAAGGCCGUUAUAUAUGAUUAAGCCUGAGAGGAACAUUGGCUUAGAUGCUUUUGUCGUCUGCCAAGUGCUUGAGAUAGUUGUCCCAGAAGUGUCACGAAAUGCUUUGUUUGAGGUCAAAGUGAGGAGAUUUUACCGGCCUGGAGAUAUUUCAACAGAGUUGGCCUAUGCCUCAAAUAUUCAAGAGCUGUAUUACAGUGAGGACAUAUAUUUUCUCCCUCCAGAAGCCCUAGAAGGAAAAUGUGAAGUACGGAAGAAACGUGAUAUGCCCUUACGCAAUGACAAUCUGAUAUUAGACAAUAUCUUCUUUUGUGAACUUUUCUAUGACUUUUCUAGAGGCUCUCUCCGACAGAUGCCUGCCCAUAUCAAACCAAAGUUCUCCACCAUUAAAGACGACACACUUCGUAGAAAGCUAAAGGGGAAGGGAGUAGAGGGUAAAACUGAUUCUGAUGAGCUACCUAAGGAGAUGCGUCUGGCUACACUUGACAUUUUUGCUGGUUGUGGUGGCAUGUCUAAGGGACUGGAACAGUCAGGUGUAUCUGAAACAAAGUGGGCUAUUGAGUAUGAAGAGCAAGCAGGGCAGGCUUUUCAACAAAACCAUCCUGAGUCAACGGUUUUUGUUAACAACUGCAAUGUGCUUCUUAGGGCUAUAAUGGAGAAAUGUGGAGAUGAAGAUGAGUGUCUCUCUACUACAGAGGCAAAUGAACUUGCAGCUAAACUUGAUGAGGAACAGAAGCGUGCUCUGCCACUGCCUGGUCAAGUGGAUUUCAUCAACGGAGGACCUCCAUGCCAAGGAUUUUCUGGUAUGAACAGGUUCCUGGAACACCGUUGGAGUAAAGUUCAGCGUGAUAUGAUACUAGCAUUCUUGUCCUUUGCUGAUUAUUUCCGGCCAAGGUAUUUUCUUCUGGAGAACGUGAGGGGGUUUGUGUCAUUCAAUGAAGGGCAGACAUUUAAACUCACUCUGGCUUCUCUUCUUGAAAUGGGUUACCAGGUGAGGUUUGGAGUAUUGGAGGCAGGUGCAUAUGGAGUUUCUCAAUCUCGCAAAAGAGCUUUUAUUUGGGCAGCUGCACCAGGAGAAGUUCUACCAGAAUGGCCUGAGCCUAUGCAUGUCUUUGCUUCUCCAGAGCUGAAAAUUAAACUAUCCGAAAGAUCACACUAUGCUGCUGUUCGUAGUACUAAAUAUGGUGCACCUUUCCGCUCAAUCACUGUGAAAGACACCAUUGACGAUCUUCCACCUAUAAAAAAUGGUGAAUCCAAGAUCAACAGAGAGUAUGGAGCUGCUCCAGUCUCUUGGUUCCAAAAGAAGAUACGAGGAAACAUGUCUGUUCUCACUGAUCAUAUAUGCAAAGAGAUGGAUGAAAUAAACCUCAUACGGUGUAAGAAUAUACCAAAGACUCCAGGUGCUGAUUGGCGUCAACUCAAAAGAAAAAAGGUUAAGUUAUCAAGUGGGAAGGUGGUAGAUAUGAUUCCAGCCUGUCUGCGAAAGACAGCUAAGACUCACAGCGGUUGGAAAGGACUCUAUGGGAGAUUAGACAUGCAAGGAAACUUUGCUACUUCCAUCACCGAUCCUCGGCCAAUGGGUACGGUUGGAAUGUGCUUCCAUCCUAACCAAGACAGGAUUCUUUCUGUCCGCGAAUGCGCCAGAUCUCAGGGGUUUCCGGAUAGCUAUGAGUUCACAGGGAGAAUACUAGACAAGCACAGGCAGAUUGGGAAUGCUGUGCCUCCACCAUUGGCCUUUGCUCUUGGUCGUAAGCUCAAAGAAGCCGUGCUUCUCAAGAAACCUCUUCAACAGUAACCCAAAAGGGGCCAAAA